UUGAAAACCCUGUGAACGAAGAAAGGCUCUCCUCUUUGAAUGACAGAAACAGCAUGAUGUGGACUUGCAGCUUGCUCCUCUUCUGGGGUUGGCUUCCCUGGUUGAUUCAGGCGAAAUCUGAUGUGAAUGAGUGUGCGGACACCACCACGUGCCCAUCUCGUGCCACUUGUAACAACACUGUGGGAAGUUACUACUGCACUUGCAAAGGAGGCUUCCUGUCUAGCAAUGGACUGAUGCAUUUCAAGGGCCCAGGAGUGACAUGCAAAGAUAUAGAUGAAUGUUCUCAAAGACCCCAACCAUGUGGUCCCAAUUCAGUCUGCAAAAACCUGCCGGGGAGGUACACGUGCAGCUGCUCACAUGGUUUCUCUUCUCCCACUGGAGAUAACUGGAGCCUGGGAAAGCAAGGUCAUUUCUCCUGUACAGACAUCGAUGAAUGCCUCAACAGUGGGGUCUGCCCAGAGCAUUCUGAGUGUGUCAACUCUUUGGGAAGCUACAGUUGCCAGUGCCAAAAUGGAUUCAUUGUGAACAACGCCAGGUGUGAAGAUGUGGAUGAAUGUGCCAAUCCCAGAGCUUGCCCAGAGAAUGCAACUUGCCACAACAGUCUUGGAAGCUACUCUUGUGUCUGCAGCCCAGGAUUUGAAGCCAGCACUGGAAACAUUAGUUUCCACGUCCCAGAAGGGACAUGUGAAGAUGUGGAUGAGUGUUCCAGAAACUCAACUCUUUGUGGUCCCAGUUCCGUCUGCACCAACAUUCCGGGAGAAUAUAGUUGCUCUUGCCUGCCUGGGUUCUUUUCAUCUGAUUUGUGGACUCCCAAGCAACCAGAGGCUUUCAAAUGUACAGAUGUGAAUGAGUGUGCGGACACCACCACGUGCCCAUCUCGUGCCACUUGUAACAACACUGUGGGAAGUUACUACUGCACUUGCAAAGGAGGCUUCCUGUCUAGCAAUGGACUGAUGCAUUUCAAGGGCCCAGGAGUGAUAUGCAAAGAUAUAGAUGAAUGUUCUCAAAGACCCCAACCGUGUGGUCCCAAUUCAGUCUGCAAAAACCUGCCGGGGAGGUACAUGUGCAGCUGCUCACAUGGUUUCUCUUCUCCCACUGGAGAUAACUGGAGCCUGGGAAAGCAAGGUCCUUUCUCCUGUACAGACAUCGAUGAAUGCCUCAACAGUGGGGUCUGCCCAGAGCAUUCUGAGUGUGUCAACUCUUUGGGAAGCUACAGUUGCCAGUGCCAAAAUGGACUCAUCAUGCACAACGCCAGCUGUGAAGAUGUGGAUGAAUGUGCCAAUCCCAGAGCUUGCCCAGAGAAUGCAACUUGCCACAACAGUCUUGGAAGCUACUCUUGUGUCUGCAGCCCAGGAUUUGAAUCCAGCACUGGAAACAUUAGUUUCCACGUCCCAGAAGGGACAUGUGAAGAUGUGGAUGAGUGUUCCAGAAACUCAACUCUUUGUGGUCCCAGUUCCGUCUGCACCAACAUUCCGGGAGAAUAUAGUUGCUCUUGCCUGCCUGGGUUCUUUUCAUCUGAUUUGUGGACUCCCAAGCAACCAGAGGCUUUCAAAUGUACAGAUGUUGAUGAGUGCUUGGAUAUGUGCCCUCUCAAUGCAAAAUGCAUCAACACCCCUGGGAGCUACUUUUGUACCUGUCAGCCUGGCUAUGUAUCAAGCAAUGGAUGGCUGAACUUCACAGACCAAGAGGUGAAAUGUAGAGAUAUUGAUGAGUGUGUCCAAGAUCCAUCACCAUGUGGUCCCAAUUCUGUCUGCAUUAAUGCCCUGGGCUCCUACAGCUGUGGCUGCAUUGUGGGCUUUCAUCCCAAUCCGGAAGGCUCUUGGAAAUAUGGCAACUUCAGCUGCAAACGGGUUCCCUUCAAGUGUAAAGAAGAUGUGAUACCCAACAAUAAAUGGGUCCUGCUAUGCCAAGGGGGAGCUGUGGCAGGGACUGAACAUGUUCCGUUUUGCUCACUGAUCAAUACCACCCUCAGCAUUCUGGAUGAGGUCUGUGCAAACAGAACCACCGCUGUUUCUCUGCAGAGUAUGGCUGAGAGAUUUGCCUCUGUGCUUGAACAAAUAUCCACGUGGUCCAACCUCACCAAAAACGAGACAUCCACCUUGGUCACAGUCUUACUGGAGAGCGUGGAGAGCACCACGCUGGCAGCUCUUCUGAAAUCCUCAGCGAAUGGCAGUCAGAUUAUUCAGACGGAACACUUGGACAUCGAGAGCAAAGUUAUCAAGGACGAAUGCACUGAAGAGAAUGUGGCCUUUAACUUGAAAGCCAAAGGGGAUAGGAUGAACAUUGGCUGUUCUAUAAUUGAAGCAUCUGAAUCCACAGGGGCUACUGGAGUGGCUUUUGUCUCCUUUGUGGGUAUGGAGUCUGUUCUAGAUAAGAGCCUCUUCCAAGACCCGUUGGCCGACUCCAAGAUGGAGCUGAAGAUGAAUUCUCACGUCGUUGCGGGCAUCAUGACAGGGGAGAAGAAAGACGGGUUCUCUGACCAAAUCAUCUACACUCUGGAGAAUCUCCAGCCAAAGCAGAAGUUUGAAAGGCCCAUCUGUGUGUCCUGGAGCACAGACUUGGGCGUUGGUAGGUGGACGUCGUCUGGCUGCGUGGUCCUGGAAGCCUCCGAGAUGCAUACCGUCUGCAGCUGUAAUCGAAUGGCAAACUUAGCCAUCAUCAUGGCUUCUGGGGAACUCACGAUGGAGUUCUCCUUGUAUAUCAUUAGCCACGUGGGCAUGAUCAUCUCCCUGGUGUGUCUCGUCUUGGCCAUCGCCACCUUCCUGCUGUGUCGAGCCAUCCGUAACCACAACACUUACCUCCACCUGCAUCUCUGCGUGUGCCUCUUCUUGGCUAAGAUUCUCUUUCUCACCAGUGUAGACAAGACGGACAACCAGGUGGGCUGCGCCAUCAUCGCGGGCUUUCUGCACUACCUUUUCCUCGCCUGCUUCUUCUGGAUGCUGAUAGAAGCCAUGAUGCUCUUCCUUAUGGUCAGGAACCUGAAGGUGGUGAAUUACUUCAGCUCACGCAACAUCAAGAUGCUGUACCUCUGUGCCUUUGCCUAUGGGGUCCCAGGGCUGGUGGUGCUCAUCUCCGCCAGCGUACAGCCACAGGGCUACGGGAUGCAUAAUCUCUGCUGGCUGAAUACGGAGACAGGGUUUAUCUGGAGUUUCCUGGGGCCAGUUUGCGCAAUCAUACUGAUCAAUUCCAUCCUUCUGUCUUGGACGUUAUGUAUACUGAAGCAGAAGCUUUCCAGUGUCAAUGCUGAAGUCUCAACUCUCAAAAACACCAGGUUGCUGACAUUCAAGGCCUUUGCCCAGCUCUUCAUCUUGGGGUGCUCCUGGGUGUUGGGCAUUUUCCAGAUCGGACCUGUGGCCAGUGUCAUGGCCUACCUGUUCACCAUCAUCAACAGCCUGCAGGGAGCCUUCAUCUUUCUCAUUCACUGUCUGCUCAGCCGCCAGGUACGGGAAGAAUACUGGAGAUGGAUUACCAGGAAGACCAAAGCCAGGUCGCAGUCCCAGACCUCAGGGAUCUUACUGUUGUCCAUCCCCUCCACUUCCAAGACGGGUUAAAGUCCUUUCUUUUCAAAUACGCUGUGGAGCAACAUUCAAGGAAAGCAGGUGUCUACCCUGAAGUUUCCCCUUCCCCGCCUAAUGCAGAAAUACAGGACCUCGUCAGCCCCAGAACUCUGUAGGCAAUUCAGAGCGUGGAUGGGUGGGGAAGUCUUCCCAUGGUUUCGUGUACUAGUGAGAAAUUAGUUUCUCUUCCGGAUGACUAUUUCAUCUUUCAUGGUUUUGCAACUCUGACUUUCCAGAGUUUUGUGGAAAUAAGAGAUCUCAGUGCAAUGGCAUGAGCAAGAUAACCUGGUUACUAUUUUGUUUUCUCCUGAGAUCGUUGGUGCGUGUUCCCAAGGGUGCCUCUCCAGCACCUGUCAUGUGCCAGACACAGCGGCCCUCACUCAGUGAUGUGCUGACUGACUGACUAACCCUUCGACAAAGACUCCUGAUUUUAAGGAAAUAGUCAGUAAAACUGUAAUGACAAGCCCAGGGCAUAAAUAAAGCACAUAGACCUAGAGGCUACUUUGGCACAAACACUUGAAAGUUAUGCUGGUGAGUAGGCGUGGUCGAUCGAGCAGAACUCUAGCAUUUAAUGGAAGGUUGAAGUAUUUGAUAACAACAGCCUUUGGAAAGAGUUUUGGUUUUCUGGGAUCUUUCAGGGAAGACAUCUCCCUUCCUCCCAGAAACUCUUUUAUGACUUGACUAGGAUUCACCCUAUUAACAAAGUUAUUGCCAUCCUGCCUUGCUCUCUAUCCUCCAUAAAAUCUUGAGUGCCAGGGAGAGAAGGAGAUGAAAAUUUUGAACGUCGAUUCUUCCUCUCCAUGGCCACUCUAGUUCCUCUCUACUCAAAGUGUGGUCUGUGGCCCAGAAGUGUCAGCAUCACCUCGUUAGAAAAGCAGGAUCUC